UUCUGCGGGCGGGUGCUGGGCAUGGUCAACACUGAGGACGUCAACGCCAUCAUCCUGGCCCAGAAAAACAUGCUGGAUCGAUUCGAGAAAACCAAUGAGAUGCUGCUCAACUUCAACAACCUCUCCAGUGUCCGCAUGCAGCAGAUGAACGAGCGUUUCCUCCACCACACCAAGACGCUGGUGGAAAUGAAGAAGGAUCUGGACAGCAUCUUCCGGAGGAUCCGGACGCUGAAAGGGAAGCUGGCGAAGCAGUACCCGGAGGCUUUCAGCAACAUCCACGAAUCUCCCAUCCUAGAAGACGAUGAUGACUUCGACCCCGUCCCGAAAAGCACGACAACCACCAUCGCUACCUCUGAGCAGAGCACGGAGUCCUGCGACACGAGCCCUGACAUCAUCUCUCCCACCAUGAGUCAGGAUUUUGAGGAUUUAUCCCAAGGCCAGUACGAUUUACCGGCCGUGAAUGGACAGAGUCUCACAGAUGAAGACACGGCCAACGACCUGGACUAG